UAGAAAUAGUCGACGUUCUGCUUGGCUGCCUCGCUGCCGUCCCCAACCACUUCCGUUCUAUCUUCGCCGCCACCGGCAAGCUCUCUGCCCUCCUCCACUCCACUCCGUUGGUACUGGGAGUGCAGAUCCAUCCGGUGACUUGGAUUGAUUUCUUCGCUCGUCGAAUCCCACUUUCUUGGCUGCACCGAUUCGACGUGUGGGAUUUGAUUGAGUUGGGAUGGCUCGUCGUCUCAUUAGCCCCGCAGCGGCGUGCCGAGGCUGCGGUUUCGUUAAGGCCGGGUUUCUGGGCGCGUUCUCCUCCUUCCAUUAUCAAAGCUUGCCAUCGUGCUCAUCAAAGAAGAGUUCUUCGGUGAAGAAUUGCUCUAGCUACCGUGCUAAUUUAAGGAAAGAGGGUUCACGUUGGAUAAGAUCCGACCCUUCCUUGUCAGUAAAUAGUGUAAAGAUUGUUGGCAAGAGGACAUCUUGUUCUGUUGCAACAGAGCCGCCUCUUGCUGCAACUGAAGAACCAGAGAUGGAUGCUCCAAAGGAGAUAUUCUUGAAAGAUUACAAGAAACCUGAUUUUUUGUUUGACACGGUGGAUUUGCAGUUUCAACUUGGUGAAGAAAAGACCAUAGUUACAUCUAAAAUAGUUGUAUCUCCUGGUGCUGAAGGCAUCUCAUCUCCGCUAGUUCUUCACGGGAGUGACCUAAAGCUGUUAUCAAUCAAAGUCAAUGGCAAUGAGUUAAAGAGUGAAGAUUAUACCGUCAAUUCACGCCAUCUGAUGCUCUCAACACCACCUGCUGGUGUGUUCAACUUGGAAAUUGUUACGGAAAUAUGUCCUCAGCUAAACACAUCUUUGGAGGGCCUGUACAAGUCGACUGGUAAUUUUUGCACACAGUGUGAAGCAGAAGGGUUCCGGAAAAUUACCUACUUUCAGGAUCGCCCAGAUGUCAUGGCAAAAUAUACUUGUCGUAUUGAAGCUGAUAAAACUCUGUAUCCAGUAUUGUUGUCCAACGGGAAUCUUAUCGAGCAGGGAGAUCUUGCGGGUGGAAAGCAUUAUGCAUUGUGGGAGGAUCCCUUCAAGAAACCAAGCUACUUGUUUGCUCUAGUUGCUGGUCAGUUGGAAUGCCGGGAGGACUCAUUUGUUACAUGCUCUGGCCGCAAAGUAACACUUCGAAUUUGGACUCCUGCCCAAGAUUUACCAAAAACAACACAUGCUAUGUAUUCUCUUAAAGCAGCUAUGAAGUGGGAUGAGGAGGUCUUUGGUCUUGAGUACGAUCUUGAUUUAUUCAACAUUGUUGUUGUUCCUGAUUUCAAUAUGGGAGCGAUGGAGAACAAGAGCUUGAACGUAUUUCAAUCUAGACUUGUGUUGGCAUCACCAGAGACUGCCACUGAUGGUGAUUAUGCUGCAAUUUUGGGUGUCAUUGGUCAUGAGUAUUUCCACAACUGGACUGGGAAUAGAGUAACUUGUCGUGAUUGGUUCCAGCUAACCCUGAAAGAAGGACUGACUGUCUUCAGGGAUCAGGAGUUCUCGUCAGAUCUCGGGUGUCGUACAGUAAAACGCAUUGCUGAUGUCUCCAAACUCAGAAUCUAUCAAUUCCCUCAGGAUGCUGGGCCUAUGGCACAUCCUAUCCGCCCCCAUUCAUAUAUCAAGAUGGAUAACUUCUAUACUGUGACGGUUUACGAGAAGGGUGCUGAAGUUGUCAGAAUGUACAAGACCUUGUUCGGAGCAUCAGGGUUCCGAAAGGGCAUGGAUCUUUAUUUCCAAAGGCAUGAUGGGCAAGCUGUUACCUGUGAAGACUUCUACGCAGCGAUGUGUGAUGCAAAUAAUGCCCAGCUGCCAAACUUUUUACAAUGGUACUCCCAAGCAGGUACACCUACAGUCAAGGUAGCAUCUUCAUAUGAUGCAAAUUCUCGGACAUUUUCUUUGAAAUUUAGUCAAGAAGUGCCAUCCACCCCUGGGCAGCCGGUGAAAGAACCAAUGUUCAUACCUGUGGCGGUUGGGCUUGUUGAUUCCAGCGGAAAAGAUAUGCCCCUAACUUCCGUUUACAGUGAUGGAAUGCUCCAAACACUCUCUAGUGAUGGCCAGGCAGUCUUCACUACUGUGCUUCAAUUUAAAAAGAAGGAGGAAGAGUUCAUAUUUAACAAUGUAGCCGAGAGGCCAGUUCCUUCCUUGUUGAGGGGAUACAGUGCUCCUGUCCGUCUUGAUUCUGAUCUGAGUGAGAGCGACUUAUUUUUCUUACUUGCCAAUGAUUCGGAUGAAUUUAACAGAUGGGAAGCUGGCCAAAUUUUGGCACGAAAGUUGAUGCUCAGUCUCGUAGCCGACUUCCAGCAGCAGAAAACACUGGUCCUAAAUCCAAAAUUUGUUGAUGGACUUAGAUCAAUCCUGUGCAACACAAGCUUGGAUAAAGAAUUCAUUGCGAAAGCAAUAACUUUGCCUGGUCAAGGGGAGAUUAUGGACAUGAUGGCAGUUGCAGAUCCUGAUGCAGUUCAUGCUGUGCGUACUUUCAUUAAGAAGGAUCUUGCCUUCCAACUCAAAGACGAUCUUCUUGCAGCUGUGACAAGCAACAGAAGUUCCGAUGCUUACACAUUUAACCAUGAUUGUAUGGCUCGCCGUGCAUUGAAAAAUACAUGUCUUGCGUACCUUGCAUCUCUGGAUGAGCUGGAUGUCACUGAACUUGCAUUGCAUGAGUACAAGUCUGCGACUAACAUGACAGAGCAGUUUGCUGCACUAGCAGCAUUGUCACAAAAUCCUGGCCAAGUUCGCGAUGAUGCCCUUUUGGAUUUCUAUAACAAGUGGCAGCACGACUAUUUGGUUGUAAGCAAGUGGUUUGCUCUUCAAGCUACCUCGGACAUUCCUGGGAACGUUGUUAAUGUUCAAAAGUUGCUGGCUCACCCCGCUUUUGACAUGAGGAAUCCCAACAAGGUAUACUCGUUAAUCGGGGGAUUUUGUGGGUCACCGGUGAAUUUCCACGCAAAAGAUGGAUCUGGGUACAAGUUCUUGGGUGAGGUUGUUUUGCAGCUUGACAAGAUAAACCCUCAGGUGGCCUCACGCAUGGUUUCAGCGUUUUCUCGGUGGAGGCGAUACGACGAGACAAGACAAGCUCUUGCUAAGGCCCAGCUGGAGAUGAUCAUCUCGGCCAAUGGACUCUCUGAAAACGUGUACGAGAUAGCUUCAAAAAGUCUGGCAGAUUAGUUGCCUUGUCAUUUGAUGAACAUGGCUUAUCAAAGUCAGUCCUACUUUGAUGAACGGUUUCAGGGUACUUAACUGAAUACAGUAGGUUCAUGUGGUGGCAAAAUAAAGUGGCCUAAUUAUGUU